CCUGUGUGGCAGGGAGGCAGUAAACAAGCAGAAAAGAGAAGAAGAAGAGAGGAGUGGUGAGUCAGCUCUGGAUGGUUCAGACAUCAGACCUGAGGAAGUUUUUCCUCUCUUGAGAGAUCAGAAGACGGUUUGGUGGAACACUGAAGAUGCUGUCCUACUUCACACUGUUGCUGGGGAUCGUGGCCUCUGCUGCAUCAGUGGAAUGGAGGCGCCCAGUGAUCAAGUUCAACAACAGGGUGGUGGCGAGUCCCGAGGUGGUGGUCCAACCCGGAGCACCGCUGGAUCUGAAGUGCGAGGGAGAUGGGCCCGUCAACUGGCAGACGAGGCUGAACAAACACAGGCGCUUCAUCUCCAGGGGCUACGGGAACGUACGGACUAUCAGAGUGGAGCGUCCCUCGGCGGAAUUCACCGGAACAUACAAGUGCAUCUACACUGCCAGCACACAGCACCGGGACCUCUUUUCAAAAGUGCACGUUUAUGUGAAAGAUCCACACCGUGUGUUCUGGACCAGCAGCACGUCAUUGCAGGUUGUCAAAAAGGAGGGCGAAGUGUACAUGCUGCCCUGCCUGUUGACUGACCCCUCAGCUACAGACUUGAGUCUCCGCAUGGACAAUGGCACCACAGUGCCGCCGGGAAUGAAUUUCACUGUGUAUCGGCACCGUGGCAUUCUGAUCCACAGCCUCCACCCCAGUUUCAAUGCAGAUUAUGUGUGCACAGCAAGGGUCAACGGGGUGGAGAGAACAUCACGGGCCUUCACGAUCAAUGUUAUCCAAAAGCUUCGAUUCCCGCCCUAUGUCUUCUUGGAGACCGAUGAAUACAUUCGCAUUGUUGGUGAAGAGCUCAAGAUUCGUUGCACCACGCACAACCCCAACUUCAACUACAACGUGACCUGGGCAUACACAACCAAAUCAAAACCGCGGAUAGAAGAAAGCGUUCGCUCUGGUGGGGAGAAUCGCUUGGACAUCGAAAGCGUCCUCACCAUUCCAGCAGUGAUGCCGACAGACACAGGCAACUUCUCUUGUAUUGGCACCAAUGAAGCUGGAGUCAACAGUUCAACCACUUAUUUGCUGGUCGUAGAUGAGCCCUACGUUCGACUUUUGCCCCAACUAUCCCCAAAACUGGCACACAAGGGUCUGUCGGUGGAGGUGAACGAUGGCGAAGAUCUGGAGCUCAGCGUGCUCGUGGAGGCUUAUCCACAUAUAAUAGAGCACAGAUGGCACACUCCAUUGUCGCCGAACACCUCCACACAAGAGCACAAAUUCAUCCAAUACAACAACAGAUACCACGCAACACUGCAGCUGAAGAGGAUGAACGCUCAAGAGCAAGGCCAGUACACUUUCUAUGCCCGCAGUUACAAGGCCAACGCCUCAAUCACAUUCCAAGUUCAAAUGUAUCAGAGACCUGUGGCCGUGGUGAGAUGGGAAAAUGUGACCACUUUGACCUGCACCUCCUUUGGCUACCCCGCUCCCAGAAUCAUCUGGUACCAGUGCUUUGGAAUCCGGCCUACGUGCAAUGAAAACACCACAGGGAAGCAGAUGGCCAUUCCGCUCCAGGCCCCAACAGUGGAGGUCCAGCGAGAAGAAUACGGUGCCGUGGAGGUGGAGAGUGUCCUCACCGUGGGACCCUCAAACCGGAGGAUGACUGUGGAGUGUGUGGCCUUCAAUCUCGCAGGAGUUAGCAGUGACACGUUUGCUAUGGAAGUCUCUGGUGAGACAUCAUAUUUGACUGAGUUAAUUCAUCUGAAACUGACACAUCUUCCUAUGAUCGAAGACAAACUCUUCACCUCCACCUUGACGGCAGCAGCAGGAAUUCUGACCAUUCUCUUGAUGCUGCUGGUGAUUUUGUUUUACAAAUACAAGCAGAAGCCCAGAUAUGAAAUCCGCUGGAAGAUCAUCGAGGCCCGGGAAGGAAACAACUACACCUUCAUUGACCCAACUCAACUUCCAUACAAUGAGAAGUGGGAGUUCCCACGAGACAAACUGAAGCUAGGGAAGAUCCUUGGCGCUGGGGCUUUCGGAAAGGUUGUUGAGGCCACAGCCUACGGUCUGGGAGAGCAGGACAAUGUGAUGCGUGUUGCUGUGAAGAUGCUUAAAGCCAGCGCACACUCAGACGAGAGAGAAGCGCUGAUGUCAGAGUUGAAGAUCCUCAGUCACCUGGGGCAUCAUACCAACAUCGUGAACCUGCUGGGAGCUUGCACCUAUGGAGGACCGGUGCUGGUGAUCACAGAGUACUGCAGCCUUGGCGACCUGCUGAACUUUCUCCGCCAAAAGGCUGAGACGUUUGCAAACUUUGUGAUGAACAUACCAGAGAUCAUGGAGAGCUCCAACGACUACAAGAACAUUCGCAUGGAGAAACUGUUUAUCCGAAGUGACAGCGGCAUCUCCAGUGCUUCCUCGAGCAGCUACUUGGAGAUGAGGCCGGGUCAAGCUGCCAGCCUUGAAAACAACCCUCAAGAGUCAUGUGAGGAGGCUGCAGACUGGCAACUAGAAAUUGGGGACUUGCUGAAGUUUUCACUUCAAGUCGCUCAAGGACUGGAGUUCCUCGCUGCCAAGAACUGUAUUCACAGAGACGUCGCCGCGAGAAACGUCCUACUGACUGACAAUCGAGUGGCCAAGAUUUGUGACUUUGGUCUGGCAAGGGACAUAAUGAAUGACUCCAACUAUGUGGUGAAAGGAAACGCUCGUCUUCCGGUCAAGUGGAUGGCCCCUGAGAGUAUUUUCGACUGUGUUUACACUGUGCAGAGUGACGUCUGGUCAUACGGCAUCCUUCUGUGGGAAAUAUUUUCUCUGGGCAAGAGUCCUUACCCCAGUGUGGCGGUGGACUCCCGGUUCUACAAGAUGGUGAAGCGUGGCUACCAGAUGUCCCAGCCAGACUUUGCUCCACCUGAGAUCUAUACGGUCAUGAAGAUGUGCUGGAACCUGGAGCCAACGGACCGGCCCACGUUCAGCAAGAUCACUCAGAUGAUUCAGAGACAGCUCGGGGAUGAGCCGGAGCAGGAGACACUAAUCUACCAGAAUGUGCAGCAGCAGCAGCAGCAGCAGCAGCAGCAGCAGCAGCAGGUCACAGAGGGUGCCGAGUGUGACAGGCCCAAGUGUUGCGAAGGCCCAUGUGACCCAUCUUGUGACCACGAGGAAGAGGAGCAGCCGCUAAUGAAAACCAACAACUACCAGUUCUGUUGAAAGCACCAUCAAGCCAGAGAAUCGUGAAAAGUGGGAUCAGUUUGGAUUUCAAGGCCGGAACCUUUUCCACCAGUGAAGAGCUAUUUUUGCCUGUCGCGCUUACUCACCAGACUGAGCAGCAUCUGCAGCAGCACGCGGACCAGGACGAGAAACUGCCAGAGAGGAAGCACGUCGGCAGGAAAACACCAAGAUUUCCAAAACUAGAAUCCCACUUGGACUGAGAACCUAUCCCUAUAGCCAAUAUAGUAAUCACUAAAUAUUUGUCGAUGUUCUAUCCCUUCCCUCUGAGACCCCAGUGCAGGACACAGAACAAAGCGCUCAUCUUUAUCAGCCGCAGACAAGUCCUCCGUUUUAUUCCCUGAUUACCUGAAUGGAACAUCGAAACAGUGAAAGUGUUUUUCCCCACUUAAACUGGCCCAACUGGCCAUGGAGACGGCAAAGAAAGACGGCGUUGUUUUCCUCCCUGUGCUUUAGUCAUAGCUGUAUUUCUUGUGACACUCUUUACAGUAACUGUCAGUCGACGGCAACAUGUGAUUGUUCCACUUCAAGCUCAUCGAUUAGCCAAUGUUUUGGAGGACCGGGGAGCAGAGGACACGGCGCUGAGCUCUGUGGAACAGAAGUAACCACUCAUGGGAUCAAAGACUGCCAUUGUGAGGAGUUUGCUGUUGAAUUGAAGUAACUAUAUCGGUGGCGAUAUGUAGCAAUCAGCCUGCACUGCCAGCAGUACGGAAAUGUUUUGAAGUCAUGGAAGAGAGACCGUAAACUACACAGCUUUACGGGAGUCAUGAGCCCCGCGGAUGUUACCGCCACCCUGCGUGAGCACGAUCUUGUGAGUUAGUUAAAACAGGAUCCACCCAGGGCCAAUUAGCAAACAGAAACCAUUGUCGAUCAGUCACCAGAAAGAAUUUUGGUAACAUACAGGAUUUUUAAUAACUCUUUAAUGAUAGGUAGUUUGAAAUGUUGCAGUUCACAAUGGAACAUGAGGGGGUCAGCGUCUGUCUUAUCAACUGGAAAUAAAUAAUAGAAAUUAGGUAGGGGGCACGGAUGAUAUUUUGUGGGUCGGCUAUGGGCCGCACACCUCAAGUUUGACGUGCAUUAGUCACUAUAGUUGCAAGCAGUUUACUGAAUGAAACCAUGACCUUGUCAAGCUCUCCUGCAGUGGAAGAGAAGAGUGAGACCAGAUUUGGAGUCUGGCUGCAGUUCAACUUCACCAGUAGUUUUCAAACGGUCACGAGUCCUGAACAAUAUCUUGGAGAAAUAGAAAGAAAGGAAUACUGAGUUUAAUAAAUGAUGUGAGGAAGGCAACAGAAUCUCACACAACUGAGCAAAACCACAGCAACAGCAAAACCAGAGAAGUAUUCAAGGCAUCUAAUUGGGUCACAGCAGCCAAUGACCUACUUCAAAACUUGUCACCGAUAGAAGAUUAAAAAACACAAACACACAGUUUUGCUCUUUCAGCAUUGCAUCAUAGCGUUGUGGUGAACACUACUCUGUGCUCUAGUUGCAGCCUUAACUAUUGCUAUGACUUGCUGCAGACAGGCAUCAACAACAAGUCUCAUCCUGAAUUUGACUGUUAACAAGGACCCGAUGUAGCAGACCAUCUUUAACCUUUUGUCACCCGAUGAGUAGCAAUUGUCCUUCUAAUGUCUGAGGACACAACACAACAUUGCAGAUAAGGACAGGGCAUCUGCAUCAUUUGUGUCAGCAUUUUAGUCACCUUAUUAGAGUCAGACCAAUAUUGAUAUUAAAUUACUUUCUUCUCAGUCCUCACAAUAAAGAAUCCAACAUCUAGUCUUCAACGUCUAGUCUUCAUACACCUGAAAUGGACUCCAGUAUGGCACAGCUGUCUUAACUUCCUUCUUGGAGAAGAGUCAGUUGGUCCUCUGACAGUUCCACAUUUCAGAACAGACAUUAGCAUGGCCUCACCAUAAGGUAUAAAGUUUCAUAGUACAGUCAAUGCUGUUCAGGUCAGGAAACUUUGCUGUUGUUUUUUUCCAAAACAGACUUGGGACCUUUCAAAGAAGUAAGAGCAAUUUUUUGUUUUGAUUUUACGGUGAGAGCCUGAUCUAGUAGUCAGCUAAAGGAAGGCGGAUGGAGCCUUGACCCCCCUGUUAGAUAACACCACAUUAUGGAAGCCCAGUUCCUCUUUAAAGGCAAAACUCACUCAUGAUAUUCAAUUUCAAGCUGUGUAGUUUGAGGUCUGCAUAAUGUGUGGGAGACAAUCACUGCCUAUUUAUGUAUUUUCACAUGUGUACGCACCUGGAAACGGUGUGACAUGUCUAUACGUGUAUAUAUCACAUCCUGUAAAUCUAUAUUUUGCCACAAUGACAACCAUAGUGUUUCAUAUCUAUUCAU